AUGGUGGGCAGCUGGGGAGCCUUCGCCUCCUCCUUCACUGAGGACGACCCGCUCCUCUUCCUACCCUCCUCCGAGGCCGACGACGACCCUUCCUCCUACCUUCUCUAUCCUCCAGGUUUUGGCCCCGUGGAGGACUGGCUGGUCGACCCUGCUCCACCCCGAAGUAGCAUCCCCACCAUGUUCGGUGGACAGCCCAAGGAGUCCGACCAGUGCGGCGGCGCUCUGGCGGGCGAUGACGGAGGAAAAGACGGUGCUGCUGCUGAUGGGUUUGGUCGGACAGAGGUGGUGGGGCUCUCGGAAGCUCUGUCGGGGAAGAUUAGCUUGGUGGGUGAUUCUGAGCUCUCUCUUUCUUCUCGCUUCGCGGAGAAAGAUGGGGUCCCCGAGUACGUGGUAAUUGGAAGCCUGGGGAUCGACGGAGAUGGAGGAGAGCCCGGUGGCGGCGAUAUUAACGCCUCCAUAGCAUCUCCUCUCUGUGUCAAUGGAGAGGGCGACAAUGUAGUGAGGGAAGCUCCGGUUACUCCGUCUGAAGUUAACAUGGACGGUGAUGGCAAGGGGGAAGACAAUUCAAGGAGCGGCGGAUCGUCGGAGUCUGAGGGUGAUGAUUCGUCUUCUUCCUCUUCUUCAAGCAGUGAAGAAAGCAGCGAAGAAGAAGAAGAAGAAGAAGAAGAUGGUGGUGAUGAAGAUGAUGGUGAGAACAAGAGGAAGAAAAAGAGUAAUGGGGUUGUGGACUUGGAGGAGGGAGAAAUCAGGGAUCUGGAUAUCGAAGAGUUGGCGAUGAGCAGCGAUGACGAUGUUGCGACAAAGGGGCCCAUCAAGUCAAAAAAUGAGCUUGAGGUAAGCCAGCUACAUCUGAUUGUAGAAGGUGAUCGGCAUCUGAAUGUUCUUCCUGCCCGUCCGCCAAACCCACUCCGUAUGGACCAUUAUGAAAGAUAAGCUCCACCAAAAAGAGAAUUUUGAUGGGUUUUUUCCCUUGAUCUUUGGACACCGGUGGAUCUGUGAUUCCCUCGGUUUUUCUUUCCCUGUUCAUUCGUUUUCAUCUUACACUCUCCUCCUCGGCCCUGCCCCCAAAAGACGGGAAAGGGCGGAGUUGAGUGGUUUAAGCAGCAGUGGGACUUGGCAUCAGUAUACCUGUUCUAGUCUCUUGGAUGAGGCACGCCAAGAUGCUAAGAAGACGCCAAGUUUCUAGUUUCUUCCGAUAUUUCCUCCAUGGUUUGAUGCUUCUUCUAUUUUUUGACCGUGGGUUGCGUUCCUCUGAAUCGAUCAUGUCGCAGGAUCUCCCCCCCGUCCUCCCUGUGAAUGCAACCUUGGAGCCGCAUCACCAGACACACUCUGUGGGAGCUAUUUCGUCGGUGAGCUUUUGAAUAUCUACUUGUUCAUGUAUCUAUCUACUUGCAUUCAUAGUUUGUAAUGAUAUAUAUGGUAUAUAAUACUUUGAUUUAAACAUGAAAUAUAUCAUAUAUGUGCACAUGUUUAUUUUCCAUGUUCAAUGGAGCUCUCUGCAUCAUGGUCAAUGCCUGCGGAUCACUCCAAUUUUCUCCACAAAUUUUCUUGCAGAUUGUGGACAACAGAGUCAUCGUCGAAGGUGUGGCGGAGCACAACCCUCUUAACGAGGGUUCUAUUCUCUGGGUGACGGAGACCCGAUCGCCGCUCGGGACAGUCGACGAGAUAUUCGGCCCGGUGAAGAACCCUUACUACAUUGUCCGGUACAAUUCCGAGGAGGAGAUCCCCGCCGGGAUCUGUGAGGGCACCGCCAUCUCCUUUGCCUCGGAGUUUGCCGGCCACAUCCUCAACGACCCCUCGCUCUACAAGAAGGGUUACGAUGCGUCCGGGGAGAACGACGAGGAGGUGGACGAGGAAGUCGAGUUCUCGGACGAUGAGAGGGAGGCUGAGUACAGGAGGUCUCUCAGGCAGACCAAGCGGGGGACAGACGGGUCAAGGCAGAGGAAUUCAGAGCCCUUUGACAAGAAGAAGGCCCAGUUUGAUAAGAGGAGGAUUCAGGACAGAGGCAGUGGCUACAUGAACAGCUGGAAGGAGGAGCGUCUCCCUGUCCCUGGGGAAUCGUCAUCUCCCCGCGGGCCGAUGCAGCACCGGUCGAGGCCUCAGCGGCCGUUCAUUCGAGGGCAGUCUCAGAGAUCGCCGCAUCGGCCGUCUCAAGCUCCAACUUCACCCCAUCCGCCGUGUGUUCCAGUUCACGCGCAGUCUUCAAAUCAGAUCCAGAGCCAGAUGCAGGCGCCACCACCUCUGCAGCCCUUUGCCCACGGCCAGCCGCUCCAGUUGCCAACACUGCCGCCGUAUGUCAUGGGCCAGCUCCAGAUGCCGAUGCUAGCGGCACCCUGCAACCCAGGACCACCUGCUCACGCAGGCGCUGUCAAUGUUCCCCAUGCAUACUUUCAGGGUCCACACAGUGUGCCUGGUAUCCCCUAUGGCGGCCAAUCGGGCGGCCCCCUCGGGCAGAAUUUCUUCAUGCAGCAGCCAAAUCCCUUCUGGCCCCUUGGAGCGCCGAGCCAGCAGUUCAUCACAGCUUUUCCAGGAAUGCUUCCGGCGAAUGGGAUGCAAGGCCAGCAGAUUCAGGGCCAUCCCUAUCCACAGAACCAAAACCAGGCUUUUCCGGGCUUCGCCAACGGGCCCACAUUUCAGUUCGCUUUCUCCCCAAAUCAGGGGUUGCCUCCCGGCAUGCCCUGGCAAGGCUGCAGCCCGCCAUAUCCCUCAGCUGCAAUGCUGAGCUCAGAGCCAGCCCCCCGUGAUGGUGUGUCCCAGACGGUGCCACCAGGGCCCAUCGGCGGCGGCGAGCAAGGGCCUGCCAGCCUCUCCAAUGGCAACCAGGCAGCCGGAGCCCCCCCCAUGAAGUUCAAUAUGGGUAGACAUUUGGGGCGCGGGAAAAGACCCUUCAGUCGCGGCAGUGGCGGCAGAGGCAGAGGCAGAGGCGGCGGCUAG